UCGGUAUUACCCAAACUCAUCCAACGCUCGUUCGAUACCUUUCGUACCUUCGCGGUUGGCAUGACGCCGUCGGACUGGGCCGUGCCGGCUCCACCGGUACCAACCGUUCCGGUAGCGGGGACGGGACGGUCCUUUCCCGUACACCGAAUUUACUGUGUCGCGAGAAACUACGCGGAUCACGUACGGGAAAUGGGUCAAGAUCCGGAUCGAGAAGACCCCUGUUUCUUUACCAAACCACCCGAUGCGGUGGUACACUGCGGGACACUUGCAAACCGCAACCACAACAACAACUUUACCAGCGCUGCUCACAAAGUACCCGAUUUGGUCGAAAUUCCCUAUCCCCUCGCCACUUCCAAUCUACAUUACGAAAUUGAAUUGGCCGUGGCGAUCGGUACGAGCGGAACCGCGAUUGCGGUGGAGGAUGCACUGGCACACGUAUUUGGCUACGCCGUGGCGGUCGACUUGACGCGCCGGGAUUUGCAACAAAUCGCCAAAAAUCGAGGGAGACCCUGGGAUAGUGCCAAAGGUUUCGACCAAUCCGCUCCUAUUUCAAGCAUCAUUCCGGUAACAACCAUGGUACCGGACGCGGACGCAAGCAUUUGGCUCACCGUCAACCACAAAGCCGCGCAAUCUGGACAAUUGUCGCAAAUGAUUUGGUCCGUGCCCGAGAUUGUGUCCCACCUUUCGAAGGAAUUCACAUUACUGCCAGGAGAUUUGAUUCUGACCGGAACUCCGGCCGGAGUUGGUCCCAUUGUUCCGGGAGAUACCGUUAGAGGGGGGAUAGAAGGACUUGCCGAAUUGGCCUUCCGGAUCCGAUGA